AUGCUACACGUCUACUUUUUAUCGAAUCUCAGAUCAAGUGCGAAAAAUUUAACCAUUGUUGUAAUUUCAUCCGUAUCUAUUUGUGGUCAUCGAAAUAUUAAGUUCCGAUAAACAGUAUUGCCGAAGGAGAGCGAAACUAAGUCAUCAUAAGCGGAAGUACAAACCUAAUGUACUAUAAAUCUCGGACAGCUACUCAGAAGUUCCCUGUCAUGUGAGUGGGAAAAGUGUUUGAUGUUUGCUACGGUGAAUUGUCUAGGAAGAAAACUGUCUUAUCUAAUUCUCCCUCUUAUAAACUUUAAAUCAUACAUAAAUCUGACGCACCAAAAUAAGCUACAGUAGUUUGAGCAGUAGUGCUCUAUUGGCUAUAGAUAGACGUUUAGCUUAUGGCUUAUGUUUUAGGUUACAGUUGCAAUAAUUUUGUAUUGUAAGCUUAUUCAUGACAAUACCUUCAAGGGUGUUAAUUCUCACAUUAUACCAAGUUGGAAAGAAGAGUUUUUUGACAAAUUCCCUUUGCAUUUUAUACUUGUUAUAAACAAUAACCCGAUUGUCUACCAUUAAGCAUGUUAUUAACCCAAUCUUGCCAUUUAUAUCAAUACGGUCAAUGAUCUAUUAACGCCCGGGGCGUUUAUUAAAUUUUAGGGGUCCAUGAGGGGGUGUUUAAUAAAUGGGAGGAGUUUAAAAGAGAGAGGCGUUUAUUCUUGUAACUUUUAAUACAAUAUGCUUUCGGCCAAAAGCGUCUCUGUGUUAACAGAAUCUCAACUGCGGGCUGACAGCUUUUGCACUCCAAGGUUUCUAAUUUAAUUUAUUUUUCUCUUUUGCUACAAUCAAGAGGGUACUUUAACGAGUGCGCACUGAGAUCAAGAAGAUCAAAGAGUGCUAUCCUUACUUUGAACAUGAAAUUGAACAUGACAUAAUACACAAACCGAUGUUAAUCAAACAAUAAAAUUACUAAAUUGAUUGAUUUUGCCCUAUUUUGCCAUUUCCUAGUAUUUUGGAGCAAUUUUCGUGGGGGUUGGGGGGACGUUUGAUACAAACUUAACUGAGUAAGGAGGACGUUUAUUAGAUAAGAGGUGUUUAUUUAAGAGUGGGCAUUUAUUAGAUCAUUUACAGUAUGCAUAAUCCUUACUCUGUUCCACAUAUUUGAGCUCCAUUUUGGCAUAAUCAGGAUUAGAUUGGGACUUUGACCAGUGUCAUGUCCUCCCUUGCUUUCACUUAUAUCUUGACUAUGAACUGUGUAUACUAUUCUCGAAUAGCAAGGCUAAGCAGCUCAGUCCCCCACCAUUACAUUCAGUUUUACAAAUUCAUAUUUAUAGCUGAGGGGGUAUUUAUAUGAGACCAGGAUGAACUCAGACUGGUACGAAUUUGUAAUUUUUUUAGCCGUUUACAUGAGACCGGGAAGAAAAUAUGUUUGGUCAAUUACAUGAAACGAGUACAAACUCAAAAACAGGAGAUUCUGGGAGCUACAUAACUUUCACAAGUUGAUUAUUUAACAAGUAUUAUAGUAUCUGCCCUAACUGGAGCACAAUUUAUGCCAAUGUAGACAGUGAGUAGUUGACCGAAGAGUUUACUGCUCCCAGAAAGUUAUAAGCUUUAUCUAAUGCUCAUCUGGUAGCCUGUUAAUAUUUACUGCACAGCAUCUCAAAAUGGUGCAAUCUUUCUCAUUAAUUCAAGCCUUAUAUUCAAUUGAAGCUACUUCUAAGUCUUUCCAUAGCUUGUGUUCCUAUUUUUGCUAAGAAAAAGCAAAAAUGAUGGAGCCAUACAAAGAAGCAUGCUAUUUAUUGACCUGGUCUGAGAUUCGUUUCCCUUUUACGUGCAUGAGAACGGUACAGACUCAGACCGGUAAGAUACGACCGGUACGACUUAACUCAUAACUUGAAGUCAGACCGGUCUAAGUUUAUUUUUAGGCCGGUCCCAUGUAAACGCAUGAAAAGAAUUGUAUGGAGACCUAUAUGAACUCAUAAUGGUUUGAGUUCGUCUCAGUCUCAUGUAAAUAUCCCGGCCUUAGUCCGUCUGCACUGUUUAAGUUUAUUGCCUGUACAGUAGAACCACACUUUAUUAUGGACACCUGCUUAAAUUAUGAGAACAUCCGUACAAAACGGACAGUUUCAUUUGCCCCAACAAAAAGCUGAUAUUUAUUCUCUAAAAUUAACUCGCUUAAUACCGAUACCAGUUAAUAAGCACAGUGGACACUUUUCUGUGUCCCGAGUCACAUACUCUCAUAUAUUAUCAACCUUGCUGUAUGGACACUGGUUAUCGGCACAGUGUCUUAGACUUAAUAUCUUACCAAUGAAAACCUAGCAGAAACAGUGAAUGGCCUUUCAAACGUUCUGUCUCAUGUUCACUCCACCUGGCUGAGCCGCAAACUAAGAGUGUGAGGUUUCUUUGGGAUGAACUUGUUUAAGUUACAGAUAAGAAAUUAAACAAUGUUUCCUUGUAAAAAUGUCUGCUUUAGUCUUAAAACCGAUAAAAUAUUGUAUGCGAAACUUCCUGGAAGAGCCCGCGUAAUAUGAACACCUGGAUGCCUUGGUGUCCGUAUUAUCUGGGUUCCACUGUAUCUUUGUUUCUUCUGUGAUGUUUGCAUUACCGUUUUAUAGUUAUGGGUAGGUGGGAGAGGAAAUCAUGCCACUCUGUUGUCGUAAUGUUACAGUUAGUGGUAUCUUAGAUGUGCACUUGAUAAGCACUUCUCAUCUAUUUGCCCGCCACGUGGUCUCGUCUGACUGUUUCUUGUCUGACAAUAAUCCUUUGUUUUAAGCACUUCCUACUCCCUAUUGUCAAGAAGAGAACUUUUAAAUUUGAAUCACAGAAACCCUUACUUUCCGGAAUGAAGGCAGAGUUCACAGUAGAUUUUCUAACAGAAGCCUAAAAUGUAAGCUGAUGGCUUAGCUGAAGGAAGGGAAAGCCAAACCUCUAGAUCCGGGGGAUCCGGGGAUCCGGGGCAUUCUUCUUUAUUGAGGUAAUGCCACCCAGAAAUGGUGUUUCGUUUUAUUUUAUUUUAUUUUUGUUUUAAUGAUGACCAUUGCCUUCUUUCCACAUGCCAGCAAGUUUUCCUCUUUUAGCGAAAUUGAAAGAUAUCUUGCCUUCAGUAAAGUAAACACUGUGUUAAUUUGGUCCUAGAAAUUGACUCAUUUAAGUGUUCUUUUCUCAUCGCAUGAUUUUUUUCUGGAUUUUAAAGUUGAAGCGCAAAUAAUUUGACAUCAUGGGGCUUGUGGUGUUGCAUUGUGUGACUAUUUAAACCAUGAUAAAAACCAAACUUCCUAAACCUUGCAAAAAAUAUCUUGAUUCUUAGCUUCAUUUUUGAAAGAAAUGACAUUAAUGGUAAGAUUAUGUUAAGGUCAAACUUUUAAUUCCACUCAAAGUUAUUUGGAGAAUUAUUUUUAGCUUAUCUUUGUUAUGGAAACAACUUGCUGCUAAGAUGUUUUUGCAACACUUUCAAAGCAAAUCUAACAUAAGCUGAUGUAUUUGCACACUAUUAAAUCUUCUAAGGAAAAAAGCCUUGAUGAACCAAAAAUCUUUCCAAACCAUUUCCAGAAAAUAUGAAUUCCUUACAUCGUCAAUACCCUAGUACUUUCUAUCUCAGUUAGAUGACAGUCAGCGAUCACUUUAUUGUACUUUUUUUUUCAGGUGAUACAAGAAAUUAUAGAAGGUGGAGUAAACCAUUCCAAGAGUCAAUAAUGCCUCCACCUCCCCCUCCACCUCCUGGACCACCCCCUCCCCCUGCACCUAGAUCUGGUCCACCACCAAAGUCAUCUGGUAAACCUCAGGACAGGGGGGCAUUGUUGAGUCAGAUCCACAAAGGAGCAAGGCUUAAGAAAGUAGAAACAAAUGACCGCAGUGCACCAUCUGUAGGAGGAGGUGAGCAAUCUGAUUCCCUGUUUGCAAGCUGUCACAUAAUCAGGGCUGUCAAUAAGGGCUGGUAGCUGGCCAAAACCGCUGGCUAGUUAGCUAUCCUUAGCUGGCUGCUUUCACCUCCUAUUACCAUAACUGCUAACAAAAAAUAUGCACCAUCGAAUAAAAUUUGUUAAGCCUUCAUUUCCCAGUUUUGAAUGACAUUGAAUGCAUAUUUAAACAGGUUUAGAUCUGUGAAAUGUUUGAACUGUGCUAUGUCGUGGAACGCCUGGGACAUUUCAGUGGCAUUGUUCCCAGUCUUGCAUGUAUUCUGACGAAAGAACAUGGCGUCCGCAGCUGAAAAUACAUCUUGAAAACCCCUGGAAAUGGCAUUUCCGAGACUCAAAAUUUCAAAAUUUCAAGAACUUGUGCCUCUGGUGCAAGAUCCAAAGCUGCCUACUAUUCAUUAUCAGGCCGCUGCUUAAAAACUUUUUGACAGUCCUGAUAAUAGGCCAGUUUCAAGUAAUUAAAAUUCAUACUUUGCUGACCAAGGCUGAGGGAAAUAAAACAAAAGAAGUUGCAUUGAGAUUCAGGGAUGAACUGUUUCCGUUUUGUUUUAUUUUCCUCAGCCUCAAACUCAAGUACGAAUUUUGAUAAUUCCAAACUGGCUUCUUAUAAUCGAAUUCCCAUCAUAACGACAACCCUAAUUUAAAUUCUCAUAAUUUGUUGUCCCUAUGUAUGUAGCAGUAAGAAGUUGUUUAAGUAUCCAUCUAAUUCACACUGUCUGAUCAUAAUAUUAAUAAUUGUUACCACUCUGUUUUUUAAAGUAUGUUACCACCAUGUUUCUAAAAUUAAUGGUAUAUUAAUGUAACGGCUAGACUGCCUUGGUCAACUCAGUAAAGAUGUUUGUAGAAAGGUCUUUCUAAGCAGUGCAUUGUAACUAGUUAAUUGCAACACUUGUACAGUUUGAUUUGAUAUUUGUCAUUGAUAAGUAAUGUUUUUUUUGCAGUUAAACCAAGCCCAAGUGGUGGUGGCGGUGGCAGCGGUGGCGGCGGCGGUGGUGGCGGCGGUAUGGGUGCAGCACCCAUGGGACUUGGUGGUCUGUUUGCUGGAGGAAUGCCAAAACUAAAAUCAGCGGCAGAAAGAGGCAGGCCUGGGACAGGAGGUAAAUAAAUAAAAUAAUAACAAUUUAAAGUACCACAAAGCAAGUAAAGUAAGUAUACUAAGCUGACAUUGAUCAUUUGCAGGAGCUAAAGGACCAGCCUUGAAACCUCCAGGAUUUAAACCACCUUCACCUAACACAUCUGGUACCUCACUGCCACCAGCUCCCAGUGGUAAUUCAAGACCACUUCCCCCACCUCCAGGCAGAACAGCUGGGAUGGCACCUCCUCCACCUCCACUGGGAAACAAGCCUUCCUUACCUGACAAUUCAGCUCCUCCUCCACCCCCUCCAUUGGCAAACAAGCCGUCUUCUGAGAGCUCUAGGCCUCUUCCACCGCCCCCGUCAGGAACUGGAUCCAGGCCAUUACCUCCGCCUCCAUCAGGUGGUCCUGUGAGAGGGCCACCUUCCAUGAGACAAGGUCCCCCUCCUCCUCCGCCAGGAAGAGGAAAUGCACCACCUCCUCCCCCUCCAUCACAUGUUUCUGCCCCAAGAUCACCUGCACCCCCUCCACCCUCGAGGAAUGCCCCAAGCAUGCCUCCACCACAACCCCCUCCCCCAAGGGGAGGACCCCCACCACCUCCUCCAUCAAGGGGAGGGCCACCACCCCCACCUCCUAGUAGAGCCCCUCCACCACCAUCCUCCAGACCUCCAUCACAAGCUCCACCACCACCUCCACCUAUGAACAAACAGAGAAGUAGUGGACCACCACCAAGCAGGGAAUCACAAGCUCUACCACCACCUCCACCUAUGAACAAACAGAGAAGUAGUGGACCACCGCCAAGCAGGGAAUCAGCCCCUCUGCCCCCUCCUCCACCCAUGGCAGGGCUAGGACCACCACCUCCACCCCCAGCAAGAGGAGGUACAGAGAAGAGAGGAGGGCUUCCACCUCCGCCUCCACCAAUUGAUAGAUUGUCAAGUUCUAUGAUGAAUGGACCAACAAGGAACUCAAUGCCAGCUCCGCCUCCGCCUCUGGCUCCAAGCCAUAGUUAUCCUGAAGGUAAGUCAUGACAACUCUUUCGAAGCUCCAACAGUUAAUUGAAGGAGUGCCCCAAGUGAUUGCUGAUAACUGUUAGAUUCUCCUUUUCAAUUUGCCUUGUUUACACUUGCAAGACAAAGAGAGAAUUUGCCAUUUGAUCAGAGGUCUAUGACAGCAGCAGCCCUUCAUUUUAGAGGUGUCGUGAGAUAUUAAAUUGCACAGGCCUGUGAUUUUUCUUGGAGCAGUGUUCUUUGCUGUUAUCCAGUAUAAACUAAGUUCCUUUUUUUCUUUUAGAUGAUUUUGAAUCAAGAUUUCAAUUUAAUACAGAUCUGCCACCACCAGAACCUUUUGUAGACACAGCAAAAACAUAUCCUAGUAAAAAUCCCAAGAAAACUGGUAAGUUUUCCUUUGUUUCAUGAUGUAAUGUUUCACACUGCAUAGUUUUUUUUCAAGUUUAAAACACCAAAGCAGACAAGUGGCUUUAGACUUUGUAAACACAGACUGCAUAUUUAUUAAAAAAUAAUUAUUUGAAACAAUAAACAAAUUUUUCGGAAAGUUUUCAAAAUUAUUUUGAUAAAUUUCCGAAAAAUCGGUUUAUUGUUUCAGUGCAGGUUCUUCCUUGAGUGUCCAUCUGAUAGGGGACUCUGAAGUUCAUUGUUUUGUUUGAACUUUUGGUCUGAAGAGGAAAUCUCCAAACAAGUUGUCUUUGAGUACAAAAAAAAUUUUUUGGAAGGGAAGGGGGUGGUACGUAAGGGGGGGGGGGGGGGGAAGAAAAAACAUGUGGAGCCCAAAGAAAAAAAAAACUAGGGUAACCCCCUGAGGAGUGAUUUUUUUUAAAUAACAUGGUAUGGAACAAAAAACAACAGGGUACCCUUUUAAUUGACCCCCACCCCAUACAUCUUUUGGGGGGGGUGUUUGUUUGUGGUGUGUUUUAGUUGUUGUUUGGUGUGGUUGGUGGUUUUUUAUUUGUUUUUUUUUUUUUGGAUUUUUGAGGAAAAGACAAAAUUGAAAAAUGAGUGUUUGGUAAAAAAAAAAAAGUUGUGUGGGGGGGGGGGGGGGGGGGGGGGGGGGGGGGGGGGGGGGGGAACUUAAAACUAUGUGGACCCAAAUCAGAAAAACACUUGAGUGUACCCCUUGAGUGUGAUGUUAUUUUAACUUCAGGGUCUGUGAAGGAAAUCGUAAGGUUUGACCAUUGAAUUGACCUCACCCCAGUAAUCAUUUGCAUUUGCUUUGUUCAGUUGUUAAAAAAUGAAUUGUAGGAUUUACUUUUGACUUAUCAAUCUUCCUUUUCUCCCUCAGCCUCAGGCAGUACAAAAGCCUCUGGGAACCCCAGUGGAAACCGAGCAAGUGGACCCCCACCUAGGGCUACUCCUCCACCUCCCCCACCAUCAAGAGGGGCUCCACCUCCUCCACCCCCUCCUCCGAGGAGAUAGGACUUUCAUCAAUGCUUAUUAGUAAUUUCUAGGAGAACAAAAUUUUUUAAAUUGGUGCAGAUCUACAAGACCAUAUACUUGGUGGUAUUUGUAUACAAGAAGACUUUUUGUAGUCUACUAACUUCAAAACCUCAUAGUUUGCCGAGGUUGGAGAAAUUUGUGACAAAGGAUCCAAUAUAUAUAUAGAUAACUCAUGUGAGAAUGGUGAUAAAAGUUAUGUUUUCUUUAAAUCAAAAACUGGGUACAUUGGUGAGUGCACCCUUAAUUAUACAGAGUAGUAGUUCCUUGCCUUGCUGAAUGCUGUGAGACAAGUAAAUAUCGCACUGAAAAGUGCAUGACAUCUAUUCCUAAAGGGACUAGUACAGUGAUUGGGUUAUGAUACGCUAGUGUCACAUGAUUCUAUGAAAAAUAUUAAGAAGAAAAUGCUAUGCAAUAAUAAUUAAUAAUAAUUUUUUGCAGUUAUUGUAUUGUGUAAUUAUCAUUUUAGAAAUGAAAGACACUCUCUUGUAAAGCCACAUCACAAAUAAAUUUUAAAUGUCUUUGCAGUAGGCACAUUUUUUGCUGUAUAAUUAGUUCCAAGACUGGAAAAUUCUGAUUUCUUGUAAAUAAACAUAAUGGUUUGGUGUGGUUCCAUAUUGCUGUGAAUAGAAAGCUGUCACUUCAGGACUGGGCUGUUUAAAGCUGGGUCAAGAUAACCCAGGGUUAGUGCAAAAUUUGAAAUCAGAUUUGUCUACAAUUUUAUGGAGAGUAGAUAAUCUUAAGAGAAUAGACAAAAUUAUCCAGGAAAAUGCUUUCGAAUAAAAGAAAAGCGAACCCGGAUUUAAAUUCAUGAAAUUCAUUUAUUUCCACGUAUCCCGUUUUGGAAUUUAAUAUUGCAAUCAGUGGUGAUUGAAAUUAAUGAACAUAUUAUUUUCAAAUUUCAACUGGUUUUAAACUAGGAGCGUUUUUGAUUGACCCUAUUCCAUAAUAAAAAUAAAGCCC